AACAAAAUCAUAUAUAUAUAAGUGGAUUUAAUACACAUUAAGUAGCAUUAUCGAUGAUGAUCCUUCAAAUGUUAUCUGUAUUUAUCGCUUUAUUUUUAAGCAAUUCUGCACAGGGGGCCAAUUUAUCUUUGUUUAUAAAUAAAGAAACAGAUUUAAAAGUUCCUGAAAUUAUAUCCAAAUAUGGAUACCCGGUGGAAAAUCAUUACGUAACGACGAAAGAUGGAUACAUAUUAAAUUUACAUAGAAUACCUUACGGCAAGGAUCAAGCAUUUGGUGCAAGACCAAUUGUGUAUAUACAACAUGGUGUGCUUAGUUCAUCUGCAGAUUGGAUCAUAGCUGGACCUGAAAAGGGAUUAGCUUUUGUCAUGGCUGAUGCUGGAUACGAUGUCUGGCUUGGAAAUUCAAGAGGCAAUAGGUAUUCUCGUAAUCAUACAUCACUAGAUCCAGAUCGCGAUGCCAGCGAGUUUUGGAACUUUUCUUGGCACGAAAUGGGCAUAUACGAUCUUCCAGCUGCGAUCGAUUAUGCCUUAGAUAUUGGUAAACAAAAACGUUUAUUCUACAUCGGUCAUUCUCAAGGAACCACCGUCUUCUAUGUGAUGGCUUCUCAAUUACCUGAAUAUAAUAGCAAAGUUACAGCACACUUCAGCAUGGCUCCAAUAGCUUAUGUUAAUCAUUUAGCUAGUCCCAUGUUGAAGUAUAUGGCUUUAUUCCAAUACCAGUUGGAAUUCUUUUAUAGUUUAUUUGGAAAACACGAAUUUGUACCAACUGACAGUUUUAUGCACAAUAUGACUAAGCUCUAUUGCCAAUUGGAACCGUGGAAAACUAUGUGUGCCAAUUCAUUGUUUAUGAUGUGUGGAUACAACCCGAAACAGUUCAACAUGACUUUGUUACCAACAAUUAUGGGACAUACGCCAGCUGGUGCUGCAACCAAGCAAUUUAUGCAUUACACGCAGGAAAUAAAUUCAGGAAUGUUUCGUCAAUUUGAUUUCGGCUAUUUUGGAAAUUGGAUUAAUUACAAUAGUGCAUUUCCGCCAAAAUACAAUUUAGCAAAAGUAUCAUCGCCCGGUUACUUUCUGUACAGCAGAAACGAUUGGUUAUCUUCGGAAACAGACGUAUUAAAGUUAUACAAAGAAAUUGGUAAUCCAGCUGCAAAAAUACUGAUUCAAGAUCCAAUGUGGAACCAUUUGGAUUAUAUGUGGGGUAUUGAAGCCGUUCCACUUGUUUACAACAAAAUCAUCACAUUAAUGAUGAGUCAUGUCGACUUUUCAUUAAUAUGAUGCAUUGUAUUUAAAACAGUAUUUUUUGUUUGUUUUUCAAUGUCAUGCAUAAAUAGAAAUUUUGUUGAAGAAUUGCAAU